UCCUUCCACAUCGACGAGCGUCUACGCUGGCCUUACAACUGGCAGGAUGGAUUGCAAACGAUUCAGUUCUGACGAUAUAUGGCGACUGAGGGACGGCAUAUCGCGUCUCACCGCGCUCAUUGAAAGUAAAGGAGGGCCAGUCCAGGCAACUCCAGAUGCAGGCGCACAGCUCGUCUUGGACACUGCAGCCCUGCGUAGCAAUCACGAUCUCCUCCGCGCAGGUGUCGUACCCGACGCACGAGGCGAGCAAGACAUCACGGACGAUCUACGCGCCAUAGGACGUCUCCGAGAACGCAAUUUGUCCGACAUCGUGUCGCUGUGCUCUAGACUGGCGCAGAUAGUCCAUCAAGAAGCGCAGAGUAGAAACCAGGAAGCUCUCAGCGCCGCCAUGCUUUCCCCCAUCCGCCGCCUCCCCCCUGAAAUCCUGUCCGUCGUAUUCGAGUUCGCUCUCACGGAAAAGUGGAAGCGCAACUGCAUAGGGCAUUCGUCUCUAAACGUUGCCAAAGUCUGCUCGAUCUGGCGCGCGACCGCUUUGAGUACACCUCAGCUCUGGAAAUACAUCAACAUCGACAUUCUAUUGCUGAUCAACCACCCCUGGAAAAAGGCAAUAGAAACACAUCUGCUGCGCUCCAGGGAGAUACCUCUCUCCAUACGCCUGAGCUUUUAUUCGAUCAAUAGCGUCCCCGCCUCCCUGCAGCAGGUCUGGGUCUUGCUCUGCGCGCAGUCGCACCGAUGGGAGAGCUUGACUGUCAACACCAUCCCGGCUUGCUUUGCUAAGCACCCCUGGCCCGACCACUUCCCAACUUUAUCACACCUGCACUACCUCCAUGCCUCAGUUGAUGAGACAGCGGAUUUCGGCACCCUCGCGGACGCGCCUAUCACAUCGCUGCGGCUCGAGAUGUCGAAACCACCGCGCUAUGUCCCGCUCCAGCUCCCUGCAUCCUGGCGCAUCAGCAGACUGGAGAUCGAGUGUAGCAGCAUGCACAGCGUUGGCCUCGCUCGUUAUUUGCCCAUCAUCUCCAAUUGCAGUACGUCUCUACGUUACCUCGGAGUUUCUGCGAGUCAGUGGGUUUACGCUCACUCCGCCACACUCGAGAGCACAGAACUUUCCUUCCUCGAGCAUCUGAAAGCAUCCGGGAACGGAAUGCGGGUCUGCCAGGUCUUCACCAUGCCAAAUCUCAAAUCGGCCUCUCUUUGUGGCUACGCGUCGUCCGCCCGCAGGUACGACCCGUGUUUUCUGAGCUACUUCGCCAAUAUGUUGCGCUCGUCGUCCAUGGGUGGGCAGCUUCAGUCCCUCACGCUCACCAGCCUCGCUGGCGUGUGGCGUAUUCUUGAAGAAUGCCUCGACCUUCUUCCUGCCCUCUUGCAUCUUCGCAUCGAGAAAGCCCCAUACAUCCGCUAUUACAACCCUGUCGACAUCAUUUCGCGGUCCCUCAUAUCUAUCCUUGUACGCGACCCAGGCAGUGGUCGGUCGAUGGCACGUCUACCGAUGCUCACUCAUCUCGUCAUGAAGUUCAGGAGCGCACGAGGGUCUCCAAUGGGUGCUAGCAAAGUUGCGCUCGUGAGGGAAGUCGUUGCGUCGAGAUCGCAGGGGUGCGUGUAUGAGGGCACAGAAUUGGCGUGUCUCGAGCGCUUCGAGACCGACAUUCCUAGUGACUGGACGCUCCCGAUGUCCGCCGAUGUUGUAUGAGCAGGCCAUGUAUGCUUUCCACUGUGCUUCUUCAAUCGCGUUAGCACUGAACGGGACGUUCAACCAAUGCUCUUCUGCGUCCAUGGCGAUUGUCUUCUUUUCUAGCAGUUUCGUCCUUCCAAAAUCAUUCGUCAUUGCUGUUACCUCCUUUACAUCGCGUAUGCAAUCCAGUAUCUUGAAGUUAUCCAAAGGCGGGUAUAUUCUCCCAUUGACAAUGAGCAGACACAAAUAUUUGCCUGCCGC